AUGACGACAGAGGCAGGUGAGCCACAGGAGGCCCAGCCCAAGGAGGCAGAGCUCUUUCCUGAAGCCGCCUCCCACUCCACACCCAAACAGGGGGCAGAGGGCGGGGCCACCCAUAUCCAGGCGAACGACUUGAUCGUUCCCCUGUCGCCAAGCGGGCGAGUUGCUCGUUCUCCAGGAAGAAACACGCUGAGCUUCAGGACCAUGCAGGCGAAGGUCACUCUGCUGGACGGCUCGCUGUUCACCUGCACUGUGGAGAAACGCUCUCGUGGUUUUCAUCUGUUUGAGAAGAUUUGUGAACACGUCAACUUGCUAGAGAGAGACUACUUCUGUCUGUCCUUCAGAGACGCAGACAACAACAAGAACUGGUUGGAUCCAGGGAAGGAGAUGAAGAAGCAGGUCAGAGGUGUUCCCUGGAUCUUCUCUUUUAAUGUGAAGUUUUACCCUCCUGACCCCGCCCAGCUGUCUGAGGACCUCACCAGGUACUUCCUGUGUCUCCAGCUCAGACAGGACAUCGUCUCUGGUCGUCUUCCUUGUUCGUUUGCGACUCACACUGUCCUUGGUUCCUACACCGUCCAAUCAGAGCUUGGAGAUUACGACCCCGAUGACUGUGGAUCCAACUCCAACUACGUCAGUGAACUUUGUUUUGCUCCAAGUCAAACUAAAGAAAUGGAAGAAAAGAUCAUUGAGCUGCACAAAACUCGCAGAGGGAUGACACCAGCUGAAGCUGAAAUGAACUUCCUGGAAAAUGUCAAGAAACUUUCAAUGUACGGAGUGGACCUUCAUCACGCGAGGGACUCGGAGGGCGUGGCCAUCAUGCUGGGCGUGUGCAAUAGCGGCCUGCUGGUCUACAGAGACCGACUGAGGAUCAACAGAUUCUCGUGGCCAAAGAUUCUGAAGAUUUCGUACAAAAGAAACAACUUUUACAUUAAGAUCCGACCUGGAGAGUUUGACCAGUUUGAGUCCACCAUUGGUUUUAAGCUGUUCAACCACAGAGCAGCAAAGCGGCUGUGGAAGGUCUGUGUGGAGCAUCACUCGUUCUUCAGGUUGGUGUCUCCAGAGGAACCUCCUAAGAAAUUCCUGUCUCUGGGUUCAAAGUUCCGUUACAGUGGUCGGACUCAGAUUCAGAGUCGCAGAGCCAGCGCUCAGAUCUCCAGACCUGCACCCAACUUCCCCCGAUGUGUCAGCAGGAGGAACCUGCUGAGCCGCAGCCUGGACGGAGGCUCGAGGACCACGCCCACACCCUCUCUGAUUGGCUCUCCAGCCAUCACAGCUUUCCCCAAAGCCAACGGUGGUACACACACAGAUAUGGGUACAGGAUUGUAUGCAGCAUCUAAAUCCAUUGCUGUCAGUGACCUCAUCACCAUGGUAUCACCUGAGAGGAGGACAGAGGAGAGGGAGGAGGAGCAAGAGGAGGAGGUGCUCGUGGUGGAGGAGGUGGUGCAAGAACUGAUGGAGGAAGAGGAGGAGACAAGAGCGACGGACAUUUCUCCUCCUACUCCUCACAAACAGGAAACCAAGACGGAGUUGACUGACACUAUGGACGGAGACCUGACGGCCACUGAGUCUGAUCAGGAUGAAGAUUUGAAAACUCAGGAGACCUUGAGUCCUGAAGAGCUCCAGAAGCCUCAGAGCACCAUCAGCGCGCUCAGGCGCUCCUUCUUGGAGGGCGGGGGGGCGGGGGGGGUGACUGAGUGGGAGAGACGUCUCGCUGCGUCGCCGCUCCGAAGAAUCGAAGACGCUCCGAUGAUCGAACCUCUGGAGCCGGACGAGCCCCUCCCACUGGACAGCAGCUCCUCAGAGGAGGGCGGGGUCAUAACAAACCAACAAUCCCCUCAGCCAAUCAGAGAGAAGAGUUACACUGUGGGGCGGAGCUACGACACCAGCUCGGGCAGGACUGUCACCAUGACAUCUAAGGAUAAUAGCUCUGCUGUCGCCAUGACAACGAGCGUUGAGACGGACAGGCAGCUCCGGGUCAUUCCACUUUCCACUGCUGAUGAUGUCAUCACAGGGGGGGCGCUGACGACCAUUUGUGAGGUGAAGACGCCGACCUCACCGUCGGAGCCGCUGUCCAGCGUCUGUUCCGUCAUGAGUGAGACUGGAGGAAGUGGGGUCAGAGCGCUGGACCCCCGGGGGGCGCUGGGCUGGGAGAGGCCCCCCCUCCUCCAUCCCAGAUCACCUGUGGGCGGGCCGAACCUAAGUCCCGCCUCCAGCAGGAAGUCUCCCUCCGCGGCCAGAGUGCCUAUACCUACAUUUGAUGAAAUGUCUCCUGAACUAAACGCUCUCCUGAAGUCGGCCAGAGAUCAAGAAACCUUUAGAGAUCACAACCUGCUGAAGACGUCGGAGAAAGUGGAGACACUCCUCUUGAUGACACAAUCACAUGACCAUGACCAGCCAUUGGUGGACCAGGUAGAGGUCCCAGUAAUGAGGAAGACUUUCACGUAUGAAGCUCCAGGGAGCCGAGUGGAGUCUGGUUUCCCUGCAGGACGACUUCUGAGCUCACAGACGUUCACCGCAGAGACGUCCAACACCAGCACCACCACACACAUCACCAAGACAGUAAAAGGAGGAAUGUCAGAAACAAGAAUCGAGAAGCGAAUCGUCAUUUCCGGAGACACCGAGAUCGACCACGACGAGGCCCUGGCCGCGGCGCUAAGUGAAGCCCGGCGGCAGCACCCGGAGCUGUCCGUCACACGGGUCGUCGUCCAUAAAGAAACGGAAGUGUCUCCUGAUCAUGUGAUUGAUUAA